UAAAAAUGUAUUAUUCUCUGUGUACACCAUUCGGCUCUAAUCUCCAGGGUAGACUGCUGAGUUAAGCCAUGUGAUCGUUUUCAUUGAGGGCAUCAACGAUUCAUGAAUCCUCUUAUCGUAUAUUUACAUAGCGAGUCUGCAACUCGCUCGCGUCGAGUUAGUAUAUAGUGUGAAGAUUUAUAGGCAGAUAAUAGAGACAAUAGACACCUUAGACCGCCGAAGUGGGCGUGUAAACUUAAAUCACCAUCUUAAAUUUAUUAUGUGAAACAACAAUCUGGUAGCGUACUCACAUUUAAGGUGAAUAUUCAAUGAAUAACAAGUUUGUGGUGAGUGAAUAAAUAGUUCAGAUUUGAUACUACAUAGCGAGGACUAUUUAUAUAUCACAAGUGUUUAUUGCAUAUCAUAAGUCCGAAACUAAAGACAUUCCGUUAAAUGCUUACAAUAUUGAAACCCGUUUUAAUUCCAAAAUUCUACCGUUUCACUAGGCAUAAACCUCCCUUAGGAAGGAAGGAUAUAAUGACAAAGGUCGCGUCAUCAAAGUGGUAAAGGGAACACUCUUAUCAAAAGCGUAAAUGAGUUUUUGUUUCAAUGUUAUCCACGGAUGAGCCGACGUUUUAAUUUCGCGUCUGCAAAUAUGAGGAUUACCGGUAAUUAUUUUCUGAGGUCCCGAACAUUAUUUAAAAAUUACUAUGUAAAAUAUACGGUAACAACUACUUCAGCGUUUCUUUGCCAACAAAAAAAUGCACUAUUGUACAAAUAACAUUUCCUUAUAAUUAUUUAUUUUAUCCUUUUAAGUAUAUAUAUAUAACCCAGAAACCCAGAAUGAAAUGCGGGUAGUACAACAAUAUGUGAAAAACUAGUUUAGGCGAAUUCUAUCAGCAGAGAUCAUACGACAGGGUGUUUUCGACAUCAGUGGCUAGGUCAGGCGAAUGUCAGGCGAAACAGGCAAAACAAUUCCGGCUCGCUCUGAUUUCAAACCAUCUUCAAAAUCCGAGACCGCGCCAUCUGUCACCGCGAUAUCAGUAACGGACAGCAGCUGUCAAGGACACCCGGACUUGGUCUGUUCCCGCUAGUAUUGACCCGGACGUGUCAAAACCACUAAGCAAGAUAACAGCACAUAGUAAACAAACAAAGUAUGAAAUCAUUUCCAAACAAUUGGACGACUUACUAUUUUUUUUACUUAAAAUAAAUCGUAUAAGGUGAUGAAGCAGGAUUAAGUUGUCGCUGGCAACUUAUUGAGGGGUUAAUGGGGGCAGACCUUGGACAUAUAUUGUCUCUGUGACGUCACGGUCUCGCCGAUCGUCUCCCGCUCCACCCUCCAACGAGUACCAUUUUACCAGUUAGGCGCCUCCAGCUCCACCACCCCCAAGACCCCACUUCUCCAAGCCUUAUCUGUAGUUCUGCCUCCCUAGCGCUCCAUUGUUACACUCGUCAUUCGGACACGGAGACAUCUCAGUGUUAGUUGACAGUCCAGUCUGAAACUAGCGUUCACGCAUGACAGGGCCCCUCCACUGGCUAUCCGGUAUUCGAAUGACUGUUAACAAGUUUAAUUACGGUGUUAAUUACAUGAAAGUGUAUCAGAACUAAUAUGAAAUGAGGUACUCAACCGUACAUACUCUGCUCGUUGAAACAGAAGAAUGUUGUGAAUUAUUCAGAAGACACUAGUUAAUGGUAAUAAAUCUAGACAUAACAGUGAAUGACCGAAGACACGAUGUGGAUGCCGACUCAGUUCGCUGCGCUCGUACUUCUGCUGCUCACACAGAUGGGCUCAGCAAAGAUAUGUUCGAGUGUAAAUGUGCGCAAUACCGAGGCCAAUCUCUCCCAGCUGCUGGGCUGCACGGUGGUCGAGGGCUAUGUUCAAAUUCUGCUCAUGGAGAAGACCAACGAGUCCAGUUUCGAGCCCUGGUCGUUCCCCGAGCUGCGAGAGAUCACCCAGUAUCUACUCUUCUUCAGGGUGAAGGGGCUCCGCAGGAUCGGUCAGCUGUUCCCCAACCUCGUGCGCAUCGGCGGGGCGAAACUCUUCAUCGAUUACAGCCUCGUCGUCCACGAGAUGUACAACCUGCAGGAGAUCGGCCUCUCCAAUCUUACUGAGAUCUCCAGGGGCUCCGUCAUCAUCACCAAAAAUCCAAGUCUGUGCUACGUCAAUACUGUGAAUUGGGAUCUGAUUGCCAAGUGGGAUACCUUGAAGAAUUAUGUGGCCAAGAACAAGGAUGCCACAGACUGCCCGGGUUGUCAAAGCAACUGUCCUGAAGGCCUCUGUUGGAGCGGAUCGGAAUGCCAGAUCCAGCCGGAAUCACACUGCCACCCACUUUGUCUGGGAGGAUGCUCUGGCCCAGGACCACGAGACUGCAAUUCUUGCCAAAGACUCGUCACUGUAGACAACGAGUGCGUCGAACACUGUCCUCUAGGAACAUAUCAGCACCUGAACCGGAGGUGUAUCACACGUGAAGAAUGCACAUCUAUCGACCUGCCGAGUGGAGCAUCCAGAGGAUUGAGGUAUCAUUCGUCUUCAGGCCGUGCCGCCAAGAAAUAUAUAAUAUUCAACGGAACCUGCAUUGACAGUUGUCCACCCGGUUACGAGAUCGACGCUGCUGGCACGGGUUGCACGCUGUGCGCUGGCGGCAAGUGCCAGAAGUGGUGUGCCGGUCAGAACAUCGAGAACAUCGCCGCUGCGCAGAUACUCAGAGGGUGCACACACAUAGAAGGCUCUCUAGAAAUCAGUAUUAAAACAGGGAAACCAAAAAUUAUUUUUGAAGAGCUGGAAGAAAAUCUCGGUUCUAUAGAGGAAAUAGAAUUUUACUUGAAGAUAGUCCGAUCAAUCCCUAUCGUAAGUUUAAAGUUUUUGAGAAAUUUAACGACGAUUCGUGGAAUCCAUCCACUACCAGUAGGCUACACGGGAGGAGGAGAUAAUUACACUUUGAUCGUGAUAGAAAACCAAAACAUUCAAGAACUUUGGGAUUUGGAUUCGAAACCCAAUUUUAAAAUCCUCAAUGGUAAAGUAUUUUUUCAUCAUAAUCCUAAAUUGUGUCUACAGCAUAUACAUAAGUUUCUAUCAGUAAUUCACUACGAUAAGAACGUCACCAAUUUAGAAGUCGGAACAGAUUCCAAUGGUGAUAAGUUCCCUUGUAAUGCUACUGAAAUAGAUGUCACUGUUACUUACAAGUCACCUCAUAUAAUUCAAAUUAAUAUUCCUUUCCUUAAGAUAAGCUACGAUACGUCAGAUCUCCGCUAUGUGAUUUACUAUACUCCUGAUCCCAACGGCAACAUGACCAUGUUCGAUGACUUCGAUCAGUGUUCGGAGCAUCAUUGGACUACCAAAGACGUUUCAGUUGAUCCAAGUGACAACGACUUCAUCAAGAGAGGUCUGCAGGUAAACCUGACUCAUCUUGAGCCCAACACGCAGUACGCACUCUACGUGACUACCUAUACUAUAGAUCGCUUUGGUGCAAAAAGUGCAAUGCUCUAUGAAACAACACUGCCGUCUGUUCCAUCUGAAUUGACUCAAUUGGUAGGGUUUUCCAAUGAGAACUCAGAUAUAGUUUUGAAAUGGGAAGGCCCAAAGAAGGUGAAUGGAAAAAUGAAGGAAUAUAUAGUUACGUGGUCUUUAUUAAGAUAUGACGAAUCUCGGAUAAGGCUUCGAAACUAUUGCGAUCAUCCAAUAUCUUACAUCAGCAAAAAUGAGGCAACUGAACCAAUUAUUCCACAGGUAGCAGGAAUAGAGAAUGAAUGUUGUGCUGAGUCCAAUAAGCGUCCCCAAAUCACUAAAGAUGGAUUCGAAGGACUCUGCUCCGAUUAUAACCAUUAUCAGUUUCCGACAGGAUGUUAUAAUUCACCGUUAGCUUGCGAGUCUUGUUUCUAUUCGUACGUUUAUAGCCAACCUUUUGAACCCAUUUACCACGGAAUGGAAAGAGAACGUCUAAACAAAACGAAGAUCAUGUUGGCUACGAAUAAACAUAGUGAUAUUGGUGAUGAAAGACCAAGAGCUAUGAGGGUUCAUGUACCAGGGAAUUCGUCUGGUUAUACAAUAACAAACGUAUUACACUAUCAGGACUAUCUGGUUACAGUGAGAGCAUGCAGGGAGGCCCACCCAGACGAGUUAAAUCGGUCAGAGGACAGUCGCUGCAGCAGGACCGAUAUAGUGACUGUGAGAACUCGUAAAAGAGAACUAGCUGACACAAUAAGUUCAGUAAGCUACAAGGUCGUUAACAACACUGUAUUGUUGGCAUGGGAGGUGCCUUCCAAACCUAAUGGUAUGAUAGUUGGAUUUGAAACUGAAUAUCACCAUGCGGAUACGGAUAAUAUAAAUUCGAUUACAAACUGUUUUACAUUUUCAGAAUACCAGUCGGACAACGGAAUUUUGCUCGUGGGUUUAGUACCUGGAGGCUAUGAGUUUAGAGUCAGAGCAAUCUCCUUGGCCGGUAGAGGCCCGUAUACAAAUUAUAUAUAUUUUGAGAUUGCCAAUAGGUCAUUUUCUGUAUUCACUAUUUUAUUGGUUUUCGCUACUUUAAGCAUAGCCAUAAUUAUUGUAACUGUAUCGUGUACAAUUUAUCAGAAGAAGAAACACAGGCCAAUUGAAAAACUGUUUACAUCCGCCAAUCCCGAUUACCAAUAUGUACAGGAUCACUGGGAAAUACCACGAGAGGAUGUGGAAAUCAUCCGGGAGCUGGGGACAGGAUCGUUUGGGAAGGUUUACGAGGGAAUUUUGAAAUCAAAAAAUAUCCCUUGUGCUAUUAAGACUGUACAUGAAGAUGCCUCAGCUUAUGACACAAAUAUAUUCCUAAGCGAAGCAUCGGUAAUGAAAUCAGUAUCAGCAGCAUAUCAUAUAGUCCACCUACUAGGCGUAGUGUCCACGGCUAGGCCUCCUUUAGUGUUGAUGGAACUGAUGAGUUUGGGUGACCUGAAGACCUAUCUAAGGUCAACAAGAGAAACAAGAUCUCCUUCAACUGCGUCAAUGAUAAGAAUGUCACUUCAGAUCGGAGACGGAAUGACAUUUAUGGAAACGAUGAAAUUUGUACACCGCGAUUUAGCAGCAAGGAAUUGCAUGGUGAAUCAAGAUGGCAUUGUGAAGGUCGGUGAUUUCGGGAUGACGCGUGAUGUCUACGAAACAGACUAUUACAGGAAGAACAACACCGGUCUUUUGCCUAUCAGGUGGAUGGCCCCGGAAAGUUUGAAGGACGGUGUAUUCACCAGUCAGUCGGACGUGUGGAGUUUUGGAGUUGUUUUAUGGGAAAUCGUCACUCUUGCCGAACAACCUUAUCAAGGCUCCAGCAACGACCAAGUGUUGCACGAUGUGAUCGCCGGUAGAAAACUUAAUAUUCCUAAACACAGCCCUGAGGUACUGAAAAAUAUCAUGAUAUCCUGUUGGAGAAGAAAACCUUCACAACGAAUGACUUUUAUGCAGAUCCUUCAUUCCCUGGAGUACUAUCACGACGAAGACUUCAAAAAGAUAUCAUACUAUUACUCUCAAGAAGCUAUGGGUCUCAGAAAGGCGUCCAAUGAUUACGUUGAGAUGAGAUCAGUAGAAGAUCCGUUGCUCGGACUCGCUCAACGUUCUGCAGACUACCAGAAGCCGGGUGGUGUGUCUUUACUGCUGUCUAAAGUCAGAUCACUGGGAAAGACAGAGCGAUUGAGCAAAAUUGACGAAUCAGGGCCAUCCUUCGAUUGCUAGGAUCAUUGAAAAUAUAAUCCAAAUUCAUCCCAUAGACGGUUAGUAAGGUAUAUGUUUAGAACAACUCCAGAUUAUAUAUUUUUGGGAUUACAACAGUUCUGACAAAUGGAUGUGCUCUUAUCUGCUCAUUAAAUACGGAAGACUGAAUUCACUUCCAAUGUUGAUUGUUCCUCUUUAUAAUAAUGUUUAAUACACUAGUCUUAAUUGUGUGUUAAUUUAGUUAGAAUAGUCAUAUUUUUAAGAAAUGGUUGUAAAUUGUAUCUAUAAAUUCAAAACCGCUAUGAGCUAUAUUCUUUGAAAUUUUCCAUUUAUUAAUUCCGUAAUGUAGUUUAACUGGAAAGAUCGUAUAGGUUAAAAUAUGUUUUACUAUCCUUAAUGUUAAAUUUGACCUGCACUUGUAUAACAAUAUUCUUUUAAACUAGUGUAAAUAUUGCACCUGACUGAUGAAAUAUUCAUUAUCAAUUUGUAUAGGUCUAAUCCUUGUUGGAUUUAUGUAGAAGCAUCUUAGUGUGUACUUUGUAAUUUAAAGUUCGUACAAAGUACGAACACACUACUAUUACUAUGCUUUCCCCUUAAAAGAUAAAACUUAUAUGAAAUGUUGAUAAGCUCAAUCUGUGAUGUAGAAUAUUAUUAUUUCUAACUUACCAAAUAGUGGUAAAUAAUUAUCCCAUGCCCUUUUUCAUAGCAUUAGAAUAUUUACAUGUCAGUCAUAAUUGAUAAGGUCUUUUGUAAACGUGAUUUAUAUGUGAGCUUUUUGGUAUUACAUGUGCCUUAAAUGUGCUGUUCAUUUGAUGGUUAUGAAUGGUUAUCAUAUAUACUUACAGAUAAUUAAAUGUCGCAUAUAACUAAUUUGGAUGCCGUGUUGUUUACUAUGUGUUCAGGUUAAAACAUCUUUUUAAUACAUCUUUAUCUUCAAUUAUGCAGCAAAAUAAUAUACCUCAGGGAUUUCAGAAACACAUUUUGAAGCCAUGAAAUAAGUAUUCGGUGUUCAUUUUAUGUUAGUAUAAGGCUACUAGUCAUUAUUUCAGUAUAUUGUAUUUUCUAAGAUGUGACUUUGUAUAUCACUUUUAACGAUCAAUAGGCCUAUUAGGAAAUCUAACUGGAAGCAUGUAUUUUGAAAAUGUACGAACAAAGCAUACAAAAGAAAGUAGGGAAUUACAACAAGAACAUUGUUCAGCAACUCUCAUAUAUGCUUCGAUACAAUAACACAGCUUUUGGUGCAAUAGUUAUAGUGUGAUUAGUUUUAAACAGUUCAACAAUAAGUUUAUAUAAAUAUAUGUUUACAUUUUUUGUAUUGAUUUCUAAUCUAGCAGACCGUUAAUGUAAUCAGAAAUGUAAGCUAUAGUUGAUUUAUGGUGGAUACUACAGUGAUAUAUUGGAUUAUAUAUUUUGAAAAUAACUCAAUUUACAGAUGUAAUUGCGAAAUUUAAUAUUGAAAACUGAUAACUACCAGAUAAUUGUAUUCUUUUUAGUACUUAUGAGUAUGAAAUAGUAAUCCCAUACUUAUAAAUAAUAUCACAAUGACUUGUUUUUAAAGAAAACUAUUGUAUUUGUGAGUUUGAUUCUUAUAUACUUAUUGUUGAAAUAAAUAUGUAUAAAUUUAAUAUCAGAAGUAAUUAUUAAGGUUAAUUUACUUUAUGUAAUUAAACAAUAGCAUUAUUCUUAAAUAGAUAAAUAGUUUCAGCUCCAGUACGAAGUUUAAUGUUUGGUACUUCAUAUUUUAAAUUUGUACAUAUUUUAAGCUUUGCACGAGGAAUGUAACUAUAUUGUGUACGUACUUUUCAAACAUUUUAAGUGAGUGGUGUUUUCACAAUUUACUCCUAUAGAUGAUUUUUAUAACUCGAUGAAAUUGACAUUGAGAGCCAAAUUUAAAAAAGUACGAAAAAUUACACUCAAUAUAAAACAAUAGUAUUGCAAAGUGUGAAAAUGAACAAAAAUACUUUUUAGACUAAUUAAAAGUUUAACUUAAUUAUUAUAUAUCACAUAUAUUAAUUUGAUGCUUUUAAACGAACAAAAUAUUUUUCAUAAAAGAAAUGUUUUAUAAGGAAUUUUGGAUUUUUAGUACAUCUGCAUUUAAACGCUGUAAAAAUAAAAAGGAAGUUUUGUAUAUAUGUUACCAGUAUUUUUUAUAUUAUCGUUCCUCUGUUAUAGUUAGGUGCGUCCGACCUGUAUAACGUGUUACAUGUUGUAUUUUUGUAUGUUUGAAUAUUAAAAAGUUGUACAGUA